CUGUUCUUAGAUCUUAAUGGAAGUAUUUAUUCUUUGCUUUUCCUAUCACCACCUCCAUCCUGAAAGAAAAUUUGUCAUUUGGCUUUUGAGUUUCAACUGAGUUACAUUUUUUAUCCUCAAAGUUCAACAACAAUUUUUUUGGGUGUAGGUUAAAAAUGACUGUUCAUAUUAAAGUAGAACUAUAGAACAAUCUAUCAUGAUAGUAGAACAUUUUGAAACAAAAAACAACUAAAAUCCAUCUCCAUUUAUAUUUGAAAAGUAUAAUUUCUGAACUAGUCACAUCAACAUUCAACAGCGGACCCUUUGAACCGGACAUAUGGACUAAUUUGCUCUAAAUGUUGCGAAUGGGACUGUGGCUAUAUAUUACGGAUAGUGUCAUCGGAAUUAUGUCUUAGUAGCCAAAAACAUGAUAUUUUAGUGAUGGGAAACUUAAUGGUGCAUAGUUUAGCGUAUGUUUCUCUGUUUUUUAGUCACAUGUGAAGUCAUCGUAUGAAAUAGGAUCGAAAAAAUGCAAAUGAAGAAUAAACUAGUGAACCAUGAACUAUAACUCACACAAUUAAAAUUGUUAGUUAUUCAGACUUAUUGAUUUGCUUUCUUAUUCGUGUUUUCUUUUAUGUAAGCAGAAUUGACGACCAGAUCUUCAUGAAUUCAAAAAACAGUUUGGCAUCCAACGUUUCCUGUAAAUCGGGAAACAACAGCAGCUCCACUUACUGUACUUUGGUUUGCGUUCUCUCAAAUUUCUUUAAGAAUCCGAUUGUUUACUUGAACUUCCUUCUAAUUAAGGCCAUUGGUAGAAGUCUCUCAUCAGCUCGAAUCUUAGUUUCUUUCCAUCCAUAGUUAUAUUGUUUUAGGCAAAUAAAUACAAAACCAUCUUUGGGCCUUCCUCGCUAUUUUCUACCAUGGUUUCUUCUCAAUUAACCGCUUUAAUGGAAAACAAGACGUGCAAAUCUUCUCGGAACUAUUUACACAUCCCUCUUUGCCCACCUGAUGGAACAUUAGACACCGUUGAAUUGGACUUCUCUGAUACAUUUGGUCCACUACCGGCUCAUCCUAGCCGUGGAAGUUCUGAGAUUUCAACUGAGAUUGUAUAUGAUGAUCCAGUGGUCGUUUUUAGCCGUUCACAUUCUUUAGUGGGCCCAUCACCACGUGUCAGCCACCUGCUAAAUCUAAGUAACCUAACCAUAUGUGAAACAGAAGAAUCAUUAGAGCUCAUAGAUGACUUUAAUGAUGUGAUAGACGAAGGAGUUGAGGAAGGUUCUGAAAAUGGUUAUGGAUGUGAUGAGAAGUGCGAAAAGGUUCAAAGCAUAGGCCUUGAAGAUUUUGAGGUCAUGAAAGUUGUUGGGCAAGGAGCGUUUGGAAAAGUAUAUCAAGUGAGAAAGAGAGACACUUUAGAAAUAUUUGCAAUGAAGGUUGUGAGGAAGGAUAAGAUUGUGGAGAAAAAUCAUGCUGAAUACAUGAAAGCAGAGAGGGAUAUUUUGACCAAGGUUGAUCAUCCCUUUAUAGUCCAACUCCGGUACUCUUUCCAGACUAAAUAUAGACUUUAUCUUGUUUUGGACUUUGUGAAUGGAGGACAUCUUUUUUUCCAGCUAUAUCACCAUGGACUUUUCCGAGAGGAUCUGGCUCGUGUUUAUGCUGCAGAGAUUGUUUCAGCUGUUUCUCACCUUCAUGCAAACGGCAUAAUGCAUAGGGAUCUUAAGCCUGAAAACAUUCUACUUGAUGUAGAUGGCCAUGCUUUGCUUACAGACUUUGGCCUAGCAAAAGAAUUUGAUGAGAAUGCAAGAUCAAAUUCUUUAUGCGGGACGGUAGAAUAUAUGUCACCUGAAAUUAUUCUUGGCAAGGGCCAUGACAAAGCUGCAGACUGGUGGAGCGUUGGAAUCUUGCUGUUUGAGAUGCUCACAGGACAGCCACCUUUUCAUGGAGGGAAUCGGGACAAAGUACAGAAAAAGAUAGUGAAGGAUAAGUUGAAGCUACCUGCAUUUUUAACAAGCGAAGCACAUGCCCUGCUGAAAGGGUUGCUACAAAAGGAUCCAAGCAAGCGGCUUGGCAAUGGGUCGAUGGGAAGUGAUGAAAUAAAGCAUCACAAGUGGUUCAAGCAGAUCAACUGGAAGAAAUUAGAUGCUCGAGAAAUCCAACCAAGUUUUCGGCCCGAAGUUUCUGGAAGCCAAUGCAUCGCUAACUUUGACAAACGGUGGACCGACAUGCCACUAUUGGACUCCCCCGCAUCCAGCCCAAAUGGCUCGGCUAACCUCUUUCAGGGAUUUACUUAUGUCCAGCCUGCAGCCUCUUUUCUUCGCAGACACACCCCAUUGGGUGGCACCGCUUAAGAGCUGUUUGGUAGAUGCUGAAUAAUUUGAUGCAAAAUGAUUAAGUAGUCAAAUUGAUUUGUGUUGACCUUUGUUCUCUUUGUUGAACACUUAUGUUUAUGCUCUAUUUCAUGCACAAUGGAGUCAUUUGUAGUGCAGUGUGCACAACUGCAUUUGUGAAAGUUACAUCAAUUAUGCAAUUUUUUUUGGUAAAA